GUACCAAUAAUCUGCCUUCAGCUGCACCAGAAGGAAGAGAGUCAAACACUGAAGAAACAGUAGCAACAGUUACCCCUGAACAGCCUUUCAGAGUGGGCAAUGUUAAUGCUUCAGCUAGCAUGGUUACACCUAGUUCAACACCUGUGGGGUAUUCAGCUUCACCAGCUGGAGUUUUCUCCACCAAUACAACAAUUUCAAGUCCCCUCUUACCAACAGGUGCCCAGGCAGCUGCAGCUGGUUGUUUGGCUGCAGGUGUUGCAGAUUCCUUCAGCGCAGCUGGUACCUUAGCUGCAGUGAAUACUUUUGUCCCCAGUGGCUUAACAGUUGCAAUGAAUGCACCGGCUGUCACAAAAGCUAUUCUCAACACAUCUUCAGCUUCAUUUGCUGCUACUACUAGUUCCUCUCUACCCUUAGAUGUGUUAGGCGGCAGUAGCCAAUCAGUUUUGUCUGCCGCCAGCACUAGGGAGUCGGUGUCAGAAACUCUGGCAGCUCUGAGGGCCUUAGCUGCUCAGGAAGGUGACAUGUUCCCACCCGCUGAUUUCGAUGUAGGAAACAGUGGAGGGCAGUAUGCCACAGAACAGCAACAAAUGAGCCAUGAAGUUAGGAAUUUGGGAACAAGUAGUGGAACACAGUGUGCGUUAGAAAGACACACACAACAGAGUGUGGAAGCCUCUGUUAUCCCUCCAAUAGGAAUUGCUGAUACAGUACAACAAACAGGAGAAGCUAAUUAUGAAGGUGGGUCUGAAACCCCGGGAACGAGAAUACGGGUGGAGUCCCAGAACCAGGCUCUCCUGUCCAGAGUGCUGCUAGCAGGGAAUGGGAGGGAGAAAAGGUCACCGGGGUCACGGUGGGAGGGGGGCGAGAUCACCUGUAAGACAUGCUGCCAGAGCUUCCCGACCGUGACCAACUUCCAAGAACACUUGAAGAAGUUUGGGAAGAUCACGUACUGGGAGACGACAGAAGCUGGAAACAAGGUGAUGGGUUUAAGAUGCGUCUCCGGGAAAAAAGUAGCAAAGAAGAAAGAAAAUCCCAAGAAGAGACAAGGAAAGGGAAGGAAGCCAACACAUACUCUUGGUGUGCAAGAGCUCGUACCUGGUACAAGUAGUGCCCAGGUGUUAGAUACAGGAGUGCCUUUGAUACAAGACUCACAGACACUUAGCCACGAGCAUUCUUACCAGAAACCUUAUGAGCGGGAGUCAGUCGUUGAGUCGACUAACACCACAACAGCUUUUACAAAGUCCGUCCUGUCAAAUGUGUCUUCUGUAGUGCCUGCUUCAGAUGGAACGACGAUUCCAAAUAAUACUAGUACUAGUAGUGAAGACAAUUUUCCCAUUUCUGUAAACAACAGCAAUGACCAGAAUGCUACAGGCCUAGGAAAUUAUGUCAACACCAUUACGGAUGCAGAAAGAACCACUAGAGACAGUUCUGAAAAUAGACUGGCUGUGCUCUCACAAUCAAAUAACACAACUGCAAAAACUGCUGCACAAGGAUCUGGUCCCACUGGCUGUGAACUAGAAAGUGAGAGUUGUUCUGUAGAGAAAGAUGACAGAUCUAGAGAAAGUGGUGCUAAGAAGGGAGCUGGGGUGAAGAAGAAGAAGACACCGGCAGGUAAAGGAGCAGUCUGUCCCACCUGUGGAAUGAAGUUUGCCUACAAGUCAAGUCUAAGGACCCACCAGUUUAUACACUCAGGAGAGAAGCCAUAUCCCUGCACAGUGUGCAAGAAGUCUUUCCGUCAGGCAGGAGAUCUGCAGCGCCACCUAGUGGUGCACACAGGCGAGCGCAGGUACACCUGUCAGGUCUGCAAGAAGGGCUACAAACAGUCAGGGGACCUUGCUGCUCACAUGAUGGACCACACAGAUGAUGCUCGUUUCUCCUGUCCUGUCUGCAGCAAGAGACUAAAGCGGAAAUGUGAUCUCAGGAAACACAUGUACACUCAUACAGGUUUUUACCCGUUCCAGUGUGACCUGUGUGGGAGACAGUUCAGGGAGAAGGCCAAGAUGCUCAACCACAAACGCAACAAACAUGGGGCACAGAAGAUAUUUGUGUGUGAGGUUUGCGGGAAACAGUUCCACCACCCCGGCUGCCUGAAGAACCACCUGCGUAAGCACACCGGGAACAAGCCCCACGUGUGCGCCGUCUGCUCCAAGGGAUACGUCCAGCGGGGCAAGCUCCUCAAACACAUGCGCACGCACCAACAAACCAACACACAGGUUCCCCAGUGGGGGAUAGUGGAGGAGGUGGUACUGCAGGAGACAGGGGGCGUUAAUCUGAUGGACCAGGGCUACGAGGAGAACGUCAUGAACGUCUUCAGAACCAUCGAGGCAGCCCAGGCCCUCACCUUCAUGCCUGAAGCUGUAGUGGAAAUACAGCUGUGAAUAGCCUCUACCAGGCUUCAGAGAGCACUUCGGCAGAAUGUACUGAAC